AUGGAGUCCAGGACGCUGCUACAUGCAAGUCUAACUUUGUUAAUCCUCUUUACCAGCGGCAUCGGAGGACACAUCGAAAAUGGCUCUCAUCUGAAAAUGGAUCAGGCUUUGCUCAUAUUUCAUAACCAGCUGACUGAAGAAGUGCAUGCUUCCUACACAUCAGAUUACUGCUACAAGUGUUUGUUCCAACAUUUGGUCACAGUGAAACCCAACAACAAUAAUGCAUCUGCAAUAAUCAGCACCAAAUUUACUCUGACAGUACAAGUGGAAUCACAAACCAGGAAUGCAACCUUUUGCAGAUGGAGUCAAACGUAUGAGGAAGGUGGUCACUACUCUAUUUGGAUUUACACCCUAGAUGCAAAUAAUUGCAGCUGCACUCAGAUUGUGGAUAGAAGACCAAAUAAUGCCUAUCUGCCUAUUUUGGUGGCAGCACUCCUGCUGGCUGUAAUCGCUCUGUUAUUCGUUGUGAUACCCUACAUCUACAGGAGGCGUUGUACAUCAAAAUUUAUAAAGACUAUUUGCUGCCAAGGCCCACAGCAUUCAGAAGAGAAUGAAGAAUCACAUGCUAGUGAAACUGCGCACGGUGCUGUUCAAGCUAAACCAACACGUCUGCUCUCCCUGGAUACUUUCCGAGGGUUUUCGCUGACUGUGAUGGUGUUUGUGAACUAUGGUGGUGGAGGCUACUGGUUCUUUCAGCACGCACCUUGGAACGGUCUAACUGUGGCGGAUCUUGUCAUGCCAUGGUUUGUGUUUGUAAUUGGGACCUCAGUGGUUUUGGCUUUCAGUUCCAUGCAGAGGAGAGGAGUUAGCCGCCUGCAGCUGCUACGAAAAAUCACCUGGAGAACAGUCGUCCUCUUGCUGCUCGGCUUCUGCUUUCUCAACUACUCUCCCAAAGACGGACCACUGUCCUGGUCCUGGCUGAGGAUCCCAGGAGUGCUGCAGCGUCUGGGCUUCACCUACUUUGUUCUGUCUCUCCUGCAGACUUUCUGGGGCCAGAAAGAAAUCCCACUGACUGCGUAUAACUGGUGGAACCCGGUCCAGGAUAUUCUCCUUUACUGGCCACAGUGGCUGAUCAUCAUCCUGCUGGAGACUUUGUGGCUGUGCUUAACUUUCCUCAUGCCUGUUCCCAACUGCCCCACAGGGUAUUUAGGAGCCGGUGGAAUUGGCGAUAACGGGCUUUACCCAAACUGCACGGGAGGUGCAGCGGGAUACAUCGAUAGGUGGAUGUUUGGUGAUAACAUGUACAGAUACCCCACGUGCAAAGAAAUGUAUCGCACCACACAGCCCUUUGACCCAGAGGGGGUUCUGGGUACCAUCAACUCCAUUGUCAUUGGAUUUCUAGGGAUGCAGUAUAACUGGUGGAACCCGGUCCAGGAUAUUCUCCUUUACUGGCCACAGUGGCUGAUCAUCAUCCUGCUGGAGACUUUGUGGCUGUGCUUAACUUUCCUCAUGCCUGUUCCCAACUGCCCCACAGGGUAUUUAGGAGCCGGUGGAAUUGGCGAUAACGGGCUUUACCCAAACUGCACGGGAGGUGCAGCGGGAUACAUCGAUAGGUGGAUGUUUGGUGAUAACAUGUACAGAUACCCCACGUGCAAAGAAAUGUAUCGCACCACACAGCCCUUUGACCCAGAGGGGGUUCUGGGUACCAUCAACUCCAUUGUCAUUGGAUUUCUAGGGAUGCAGGCGGGGAAAAUUAUAAUUUUCUACAAAAAGAUGAAUAUCCAAAUCCUGUGCCGAUUCCUAGUGUGGACUGUCAUCCUGGGAAUCUCCGCAGCCAUCCUUUCUAAGUGCACGCGAGACGGAGGAUUUAUACCUGUCAAUAAAAACCUUUGGUCGUUGUCCUAUAUCAUGUGUAUGGGCUGUUUGUCUUUCCUGCUGCUGGGAGGCAUGUUCUUCGUCGUCGAUAUCAAGGGCUGGUGGGGUGGACAGCCAUUCAUAUACCCAGGGAUGAACUCCAUCUUUGUGUAUGUUGGCCACUCUCUCCUGGGCUUCUACUUCCCUUUCAGCUGGGAAAUGCGCUUCCAGCAGAGCCACUGGGAGUGGCUCUUUCAAAGCCUGUGGGGGACUGCACUGUGGCUGCUCAUCGCCUACCUGCUCUACAGGAAGAAAUUCUUCCUCAAAAUAUAAGCAGGAUAAUCCCACUUCUGUAGAUUGUAUUAUUUUAUAUUUUCAUUUAAAGGCAGCCUCUAAAGCUAAUUUUAAACUUUUUUUUAAAUUUUACUUUACUAGAGUAUAUUAUAAUCCUUAUUUAUGUUAUACUGGAAUUUAGUACAAUGGAUCCUUACUUUAACUUUCUUCUGAUUGGCUGCUCUUUGUAAAUAGUAGGUGUGGACAGCUGGUGGGCGGAGCUUCCAUGCUCACAGCCAGAGCUGUGUGUGUCUCUCUGACAUCAUGCAGACCUGAUAAUGGAGAAAAACUAUUAGAAGCUCAGAAACAUUAGGGGCAGUCUGAAGCCUGGGCUUUUGGCUCAGGGAUGACGUGUAUGUAUGUUGACCUAAUAUAAUAUGAGCUACUAAAAUUAUUAUGUUUUUCUUUUUAAAAGCACUCUUAUCUGUAAAUUAUAGAUUAUUAGAGCAUCUGUGGGAGUUUAAAAGAGUUUUUAAAAUGAGCUGCUGGUCUAGGCUUAAUUAGUUUAGUUUGCUUUUCUUAGAUGAAAACUUACCACACAUGAUUUUUAUCAAAAGCAAGAUGCAGAGCAGUGUAAAAAAUGUGAAAAUGCUGAUCAGUGAAACCCAUUAAAGCACUGUCCUGUUUCUAAAGAACAUGUCUGACGAGCUGUCAGUGUGGGCAGCUAAGGAUUCAU